AUGCUCACGAUAAAUGAACUCGGGCUUCUUGACGCUGGUACACAACUAUAUAUUAUAACAGCAUUCAUUUUAAGCCCGAUUUCAGUGUAUGUAUUGCGCAAGCAAUAUAAAGGACCCAGGCGGAAAAAGCAAGAGUGGGCCACCAAUUUGAUUGCUGUUUGCAUUAUCAUACUAAAUGUUAACGUGUGGUACUUUCUACUAUGGAGCUUGAGGCAACAUGGUCAGAGGUUAGAUAAAUCGCCAUUGUAUAGCGGGCUUUUGCAAAUGAGAUUCGAUCCAGUUGAAGUGUCAGGGUUUUCCUUCGAUGUUGAACGACAAUCAUAUCCCGUAGUGAUAAAACAAGACAUAAAACAAGGUCUGCAGCAAGACCUAGAGCCGAACUUGCAGAAGGACCAGCAGCUGGACCAGCAGCUAGAAAUUCAAGACAACAAACAAGCCAAGCUGAGACGACAAGACACCAUAGAGCCCUUAUAUAUUGACGGCCUGUUUAAUUGUAGCUCAAUUCAGGUACGGGACCAAGCUAGUGUUGCUGCUACGCAGUCGUUUGACUUGAACCAAGAGUACGACUUGAAACAUUUAAGAGGUCAAUUGCAAAUUCUUUCCAAAACAAAUGAUGCUUACAAGUUGUGUUUCCAAGACGAUCCAGAGCAGCUGGAGGAGUAUAUCCUUAGAAAAAAGUGGUUCAAGUUCUGUGGAAGUGCUGUUUGGAUGGACCUCUAUAAAGUUUAUUUCAUGGUAAACCGGAUUGUGUAUGCAAAAGAUGGGAGACGAAAUAACCCCACCAUUUCCAUAUUAUCAGGACAGGUCUUUGACAAAAACUGGCAUGAGAUAAAGGGAUUUAAAUUUCCACAUUCUGAUUUGACUUUCCCAACUAUUUUGCCACAUGAUUUAGACUUGGGCAAGAGGCAAAAUAAGGUGGUCAUUGGUAGUGAAGACCCCAGGAUUAUAUUGAAUGAAUAUAGCAGCACUGAUGGGGCACGAUUCCAAGAGCCCGUUAUCAUUUUCAACGCAAGAAGAACAAAGGUGAACUGGGCACGUGCAAUGCAUGUUUACCGACCAUUCAAUGAUCCACACAAGGUAAUAUGUCUUGCAAUUAAGGAUAAGAAAAGAAGCUUUAUUGAAAAGAAUUGGGCUCCUUUCAUGGAUAAUACGGACGUUAAAAAUGAUAAAAAUGAGAUCAACUUCAUCUAUAACUUCAACCCAUUGAGGGUUGUCAAAUGCAGCUUGCAAACGGGGGAAUGUGCAAAAGUUUCGGGACCAAGAUUUAAUCCUAUUGACGCCAACGACAACGCGGGCGUUUUACGAGGCGGUACAAACAUUAUACAGAUACCCAAAGAAUAUCUUCCACUAACUGAAGUAACCCAAGAUCGGAAAUUCUGGGUAGGUAUUGCUCGUUCUCAUAAUAAGGAAUGUGGUUGUAUGCGUGAAUUAUAUCGACCCCAUAUAUUUAUCAUAACAAGGUCGUUGACGAAAGAAGAUUCAUUUGAACUAAUUUAUGUUAGCUCCAUGGUGGAUUUCAACAUCAAUCCCGAGCCAUGGUCAAAGGGCCAUUCGAACAAAGGUACAUGUGUUGACGGAAAGCUGGUACUCAUUCCCAACUCCAUUGCAUAUUGGGAUGUUGAUUCUCGUGAUGGCAUAGACUACAUGGGAUUGACUUUUAGCGAAGCUGAUAGGACAAACAAGCUUGUGCAUUUGAGAGGUAUACUCAAGCAUAUACACAACGUGUUGCACGGUUCAGAAAAGAGAGACGUACAGAACGCUGAUACAACAAAGGAAUCCAUUGAAAAUAAUGUCCAACGCAAGCUGGAGGAGAUUGAAUUGGGUAAUAAACUUUUAGGUCUUUGCUCCACAUACCUCGCAGAUGAGUACUGCGAAGUAGCAGAAAAGGUGUUUGGCUGGUAA